AAACAACCAGAUUUCUCCACGUAACGUUAGUGUCCGGUCGAUUGUAUCAGGCCAAAAAAUAUAUAAAUUAAUGUUGAAAUGAUUUUUUAAACAAAUCAUUCGUUGAUAUAAUAACAGUAUUACAUCGCUGAAGGUUAAGAUUUGAGCAGGAUGAAGACCUUGUGCUGUCUUCUAGUGGGGAUUUUGGCUAUCUACGGUAGUUUUGCUGUUGAUAGGAACAAUUUCAAGACCUGUGAACAGUCGGGUUUUUGUAAGCGUCUAAGGGCCCAGAAACCAGAGAAAUCACAAUAUUCGCUGGAUCCUAAAACUGUAGCUGUCCAAGGGAAUACUCUGGUCGCGAAUGUGGUGACAGUCGACAGGGAGACUCAGCCGCCUAAAGUUUUGCAUAAAUAUGUGCUGAAACUGUCAGCAAUCAAAGAUGGCACGUUCCGAGUGGAGAUCAACGAAGCGGAGCCCCUGUAUCCACGCUAUGUGCCUCAGCUGGCAUUAGUGAGUGCUCCAGUAACUGACAAAUUGGAACUAGUCUCCAGCGACGACACAAAAGUCAUUGCAGCCAACUCGCAAGGACAUAGAGUGGUGAUCACAGUGGACCCGUUGAAGAUUGAGUUCCUGGACAAGUCUGGGGAGUCAGCGGUCGUGCUGAACGAGAACAACCAGCUGUUUGUUGAGCCUCUGAGGAAGCGGAAGGAAGCUGUAGAAGAUGAGACGGGACAGAUUCUGGAGGAGGAUGAGGAAGGGACUUGGGGCGAAACCUUUAAGUCCCAUCACGAUAGCAAGCCUAGGGGCAAUGAGGCUAUAUCUCUGGACGUGUCCUUCCCUGACGCUGACCAGGCAUAUGGUAUACCCGAACACAGCGAUAAGGUGAACCUGGCCACUACCACAUCCGGAGAACCUUACAGAUUAUAUAAUCUGGAUGUGUUUGAGUAUGAGCUGGACAGUCGCAUGGCUAUAUACGCUGCUAUACCCGUCAUGUAUGCGCAUGGAUCAAAACGCUCCGUGGGUGUGUUUUGGCACAACUCCGCCGAAACUUGGGUGGAUGUCGUCAACUACGCUGACAGCAAUGUGGUGUCUUCCCUCGUCAACCUGGUCACAGGCGGACAGAAGCGAAAGGUUGACGCGCGUUUUAUGAGCGAAUCCGGCGUAUUAGAUGUGUUCGUUUUGAUGGGUGACAAGCCUAAAGAUGUUCUGCGACAGUACACUGCACUCACUGGAGCGGUGCCCUUACCUCCUAAAUUUUCCUUGGCCUAUCAUCAGUCCCGUUGGAAUUACGUUGACGAAAACGACGUCGCGUCCGUGGACGAAGGCUUCGACACUCACGAUAUCCCGGCCGACGCUAUUUGGUUGGACAUCGAGUAUACCAACGGCAAAAAAUACUUCACGUGGGACGCUGAGAAAUUCCAACACCCAGCGGAAAUGGUCUCCAAUCUAACGGCCAAGGGCCGUAAGCUGGUCGUCAUCAUCGACCCUCACAUCAAGAGGGAGGCUGGAUACUUCCUGCACGAAGACGCGACGGAGAAAGGUUACUACGUGAAGAACAAGGACGGCAAGGAUUACGAUGGCUGGUGUUGGCCCGGGUCCAGCUCGUACUUGGACUUCAUGGACCCGCGCGUGCGGGAGUACUACGCGUCGCUCUACCGCUACGAGAACUUCGCUGGCACCAGCAAGGACGUGCACAUUUGGAACGAUAUGAACGAGCCAAGCGUUUUCAACGGUCCAGAGGUCACAAUGCUGAAAGACAACCGCCAUUAUAAAAGUCCUGAACCGGGACAAGAAGGAAUAUCCUCUUUCUGGGAACACAGACACAUCCACAAUGAGUACGGCUUGUUCCACAUCAGCGCGACACACAAAGGCAUGCUGGAAAGAGACGACAAAAAAUACAGACCUUUUAUACUCACUCGAUCUGGUUUCGCCGGAGCGCAGAGAUACGCAGCAAUAUGGACGGGCGACAAUUCAGCCGAGUGGGGUUUCCUAGCGGCCUCUGUGCCGAUGUGCCUGUCACUAGCCAUCGCCGGCAUGAGCUUCUGCGGCUCCGACGUCGGCGGGUUCUUCAAGUACCCCGACAGCGAGCUCAUGACUAGGUGGUACCAGGCGGGUGCGUACCAACCAUUCUUCCGCGCUCACUCGCACAUCGAGACCAAACGCCGGGAGCCUUGGCUUUACGACGCCCAGACCCUUUCCCUCAUCAGAGACGCUAACAGAAGGAGAUACGCGCUACUCGACUUCUGGUACACACUAUUCUUCGAACAAACCCGCGACGGUCUACCGGUGUUCAGGCCCUUAUUCGUGGAAUACGGGGACGAGAGCGAGGUGCUUACCAUAGACAACCAGCAUCUGCUCGGCGACAAAAUGUUAGUGAGACCGGUGUUAGAGAAAGGCGUGAGUUCAGUGCAAGUGUACCUGCCCGGGGCUCGAACCCGGACCGUCUGGUACGACGUCGACACCUACCAGGCCUACCCGGCCGACGGGUAUAUCACCGUUGACACGCCAAUAUCUAAGAUCCCUGUGUACCAGCGAGGCGGCAGUAUAAUCCCGCGCAAGGAGCGCGUGCGCAGGUCCUCCGCGCUCAUGGCACACGACCCCUACACCCUGGUGGUGGCCCUCGACGCUAACAACACGGCCACUGGCACACUCUACAUAGACGAUGGCGAAACAUACGACUAUAAAAACAAUAAGUAUAUUUACGCCAAACUGGAGUACACACAGGAAAGAAUGACAUACACUUACAUAGAUGAAUCCGCGACAUAUCCGACCGGAUCGUGGGUGGAACGCAUCGUGGUAGCGGGGAUCAAGACCGCACCGCGCAGCGCCAAACUACUGCAAGGGGAUUCUACCACUUCUUUACUCAUGACACUGCACAAAGGCAACGACGUGUUGGUGAUCCGCAAGCCUGCGGCGAACAUGGCCAAACCAUGGAAGAUCACGUUUAGCUAUUAAUUGUGAGGUAUUCUUUGCUGGCUGACCACAAUUUUGUGAUAGUUUUCACACUGGACGCAUUGCUAUACAACUGUUGUACGAUUUUUGAGGUUAUUAUUUUUUGACAACUGCCAAAAUGGAUAUAUACAGGGUGUCAAUACCUAUUAAUGGAAACAAACAAUACAUAUAUACUGGAAACAACAACAAAAUAACUAAAUAUAUACCGUUGUCAAAAAUUACCAAAAAAAUGUUGCCAGUAAGCUCCAUGACAGUUUUUUCUUGAAUAUAAUAGUUUUUAAUGUAUUUUGUCAUUAAUUAAUUUGAAAAUUGUAUUUGAAACUUGUUUCAAUUUAUCAAAUUUUGAAAAUUGAUCAAAUUUUAAGGUACAAAGUAGUGAUAAAAGUCGGCGAAAGUUAUUGCAAUAUAAACUUUAAUGAGCAAAGUUAUAGAGCCUGUUUUAGUUUGCAGAUAAUGUAUCCAGUGUACAGUAUCAUAGAUACUCUUUGGUAUAAGGUUUUAUUUUGGAUCAGUCAGUAAUAUCUAGAAUAGAUUUUUAAAUUUAUACAUAGGUAGGUACGAUAUGGCAGACAUCAUUUUAAGUUUAUUCAAAUCACUUUUAUCUCAUGUGUUUCUGAUUUUAUGGUAUUUUUGUUCUAAAUAUUGAUUUAAAUAUAAAAUUUCUUCCUAUUUAAAAGUGUAUUUUUAAAAUAAUGCUAUUGACGAUUGAAGUUUAAAACUUACGAGUCAAAACUGUAAUAAAAGAACAAAAUUUAAAAAUGAUUAAAUACGGAUGAGUCAGCAGAUUGGUUAAAUGUACUGAGGCAUAAAUAUUGCCGUCUCUUUCUAACAUACGAUAGAAAAGGACAGAUGAUAUUCCCAUUGAUUUUAACAAAUGUAGUAUUUGAAGUUUAAUAUGAGCUCGACAAUUGAUUAAAAAUAUGUACACUUUUAAUAGUGUUUUCUUUUCACUGCAUAUUCUAUUUUAUUGCCAUAAACUAUAGGCUAUGUAUAUACUUAAUAAUAUAAUGCACUUUUUGCUAAGUUGUAAGAAACAUGUUCGAUUUAUUUUACCUGUAAUAGUUAAAUGUUAAUUAUUAUUGUAAUGUUACUAGUGAAACCAACUCAGCAUUUUUAUUUUAUUAUAAUUCAGUCACAAUUUUGUGAGCACCGAAUUUUGACCUUCGAAAAUGUUGUCUUUUAUAUAUAUUUAAAAAUAUCUCGGCAUAUACCGCUCUUCUCCCGGCAAGGUGACGUUCAUUGAAAAGUGAGCUUUAAAACGUGCUCUGUAGAUAUACUUUACAUUGACGACAUGAGAGCUGACAUUGAGCAUUCAGCUUAUUUGUUGCCAAUGCAAAGUGUGCCCUACAGACGACGUUUUAAAGCUAAUUUUUCAAUGAACGUCAUAUUGCCGGUGCGGUAUAAGUGCGCUUCGUUAAUUUGAUAGAUUCACUUGCAUGUAUGAUUGGAUCAUAUAACCCACAGAGGAACAAACUUAUAAAGCGCGGCGAUGGCGUCGCUACUGUUGAAUAAAUUUGACAAGGAAAUUACUUUUGUAAUAAGACUUCGGAAAGUUUCAAAUUUCGAUCACCGGGUCAAGGAUUUGUAUACCAUAGAUUAAUGAUCCAUCCAAUCGCAUAUGCAAAAAGCAUAUGGUUAGAAGUUGACAACUCGUGGGUUAUAUUCAUUCCGUGCACAUGCAAGCGCGUUAGCGUAUCAAUGGCGAAAUGGCGUCCUUUUUUUUUGAUCGAGAUUUAAUUAGUUCAUAUUGUACCCGUGGUCCUACCGAUUUGUCUGGUGUCCACUGGUGGGACCACGGGAUAUUUAUAUAACAUAUUAUUUUUAAAAGAUAAUAUUUUGGAAGGUUAAUUCUGAAUCACGCAUGUUUUACCACAACAGCGGUAUGUGGAGUGUUAGUUUGGUGAUAAUAAAACAAAUUUUAAAUA